AUGGGAAGUGUUUGGGAGCGGGCUAUAGGAAGUGCUCAGAGGAUCUUUGACUCGAUGUUACUGCAAGAAGUACCUAAAGAGCUUACACACGAGGUGUUGGUUAUACUUUUGGCCGAGGUAUGUGCCAUCCUCAAUUCUCGUCCAAUAACAGCACUUGAUACGGACCCAUCAUCUCCUAUGGUAUUGAGUCCAAACAUUUUACUGACCCAGAAGCAGGGGGAAAUUGAAACAUUUUCAGACCAUUUGAGCAUUAAGGAUAUGUACUCUGCAAGUUGGAAGCAUGUACAGGUGUUAUCCGACAUGUUUUGGAAAACGUGGCGCACCACCUACUUGGACAGUUUGCAGAAGACACAUAAAUGGUGUACAGGUAAGCAGAAUCUGAAGACAGGGGAUGGUGUCCUGUUACGUGAGAAAAAUGUUCAUUGGAACCUGUGGCCAAUGGGGAUAGUGGAGCGCCCAAUUGAGAGCAAUGACAGAAUGGUUCGUAAAGCUGUCAUUCGUGUCGCCAAGGAUGGAAAGGUGACAACUUACACUCGACCCAUUUCGGAGAUGAUUCUUCUGCUAGAUCAAUCAUUGUCUGUGUAG